AUGGCCAUCAACUUUUUGGUUACCAGAAUUCUUCAAAAUAUCUUCGUUUGUGUGUAUAGCAGAAGAAAGAAACUCAUUUGGGUUUAGUGUUAUGAGCACACUCCCAAUUUAUUAUUUAGGUGAAAUGGUUAAUUCUGUCAAGCUGUGUGUGAGAACACACCUCUGAGAGGUAAUAUUGACACAGGGAGGAGGUGCUGCUCUCCUUCUUCGCUGGAAGUAAAGUUUGAAACUAGUCUGAGGGGAUUAGAAAGCGUUCAUCCGUCUUAGCCUGUUGAUUUAUUAUGCCGUCUACAGAGAUGCUGAGCAGAGUGGUACAUCGAUUCAUCACAGACUCUGCUUAAAUGUAGGAACAGGUCACCAGAAUGGCUUCAAUAGGACAAAUAAUCUUUGGAAGUAUGAUUUUUCUCAUAGUAGUCAUUUCAGGACUCAUCAUUUUCAUUCUGGCUAUUGCAUUUUCAGUGUCCCAAGGUACCGUUGAAAGCAGAAGUCCCUCUACUGUGGGGAACCUUGCUGAGGAUGUGGUCCUGGAUUGCAGGUUCCUUAGCAACAGUGGCAAUGAGCAGUUCAGUGAUGUGUCAAUUACUUGGCUGAAAGACUCUGUCAGUGGGGUGGUCUAUGAAUACAAAAACAAAGCAGCCCAGCUUCAGGGGCAGAACACACAGUUCAAAAACAGGGCUCAAGUGUUCUCCGAUGCAAUAUCAGUGGGCAAUGCUUCCCUACUGCUGAGAAAUGUGAAGCUGGAGGAUGAGGGUGUGUAUCGCUGCUCUGUCAAUGCACCAAAAGUCUCAGGGACUACCAAUGUUAACCUUAGAGUGGCUGCAUUCUCCGCUCCCACAUUUACUCAACGGAAAGAUGGGUCUCUAUUUGCUCAGGCUCAUAAAUGGUUUCCCCAACCAGAGGUUAGCUGGUUGAGUCAGAGUGGACAGCUUCUAAACAGCAGCACCCAGUUUAUCAACAACACUGCAGGAAUUGUGCGAAUUGCUAGUGUCCUCGAAGACCCAGUAAAGGAAGAUGACACCUACACCUGUCUUAUCCAGAACAGUCUUGUGAAAGCUAUCUCAGAGGCAACUGUGACAGGAAACAGUGUGACGGAGAGGACAUACUUCAUAUUCAAUGCUGCAUCUACAAAAGUGCCAUCCUUACAAAUUCUGCUCUCAGUCAUCCUUAUUCUUUCUGCAAUUCAGCAGACGCUGUAUCCAGUUUAAAAAAAUCUGUACUUCUAGCCAGAAAUUGUUAAAGCAAAAAGGAUUUUUUUAAAUUAAAACAAGAAUAUUAUUCCAAAUAUUAUAUUGAAUAUAAAAAACUUCCUCCAAUGGUUGGUGAUGGUCAAGCCAAUCAUGGUUUUCUUGAACCAGUCUUGUUUGACUAUAAUGACAUAGUCCAACAUAUGAGUUUUUGCCUCUGUGGUAUACAUUCUAUUUUAGUAAAUUUACAGAGCACCUUCAGGGCUUUUUAGAGAUACUAAUGUUUGGAAGUUUCACCAUGACCGCUCCCUCUCCUAGGUCUUUAAAGAUGGCUAAAUUUAAUUUAGUGAAAAAUUUAACAUCCUUAUGAUUAUAUUUUGUCAGGUAUGGUUCAUCUUUGUCAUUUAAAUCUGAAUAAUUUUCAAAUUGUUUUUCAUAAAGCAACAUCUCAGGAAAAUGUUAUGGGUUUUCAAUUUCAAAUAUGUCCACUGUAGAGGACACCAGGACUAAAAGCAUGUUUAUUAUGCAUUUUAACUGAACACAUAACAGACAUAACAACUGAAUAGGAAAAUAAAUUAUAUAUACAUUUUCUUAUGAAAUAUUAGAUAUUAUUAUGAAAAUCUGGCCAAUUAUUACUCCCAUUAUGACAAUUCUUUUUUCAACAUGCUGUCCCAACAGCAACACAUUAAUAUGCAAAUUAGAUACAGUGUAUAGAUACACUGUGUUUAAUGGGAAAACCAGAUUAUGGACAUUUUUACACACAUAUUGCAUAAAACAAAAUGGUAUAUCAAAUCAUUUUGUUAUAUAUUUUAUAACAUAGUUGAGAAUCAUCCUUAAACAAAGUUUAGUAUAAAAAAAUCCUGAAACCUAAAAAUUGAUUGGUGAUUAAAAAAAAAUAAAAAAUUUAAAUCACAUUAUUUUUGCCUUUUUGAUGUCUAUUCAUGCCAUUUUAUUUUAUUUUUUAGAAAAACUUAGUCCUAGUGUCCUCUACAGAUGACAUAGAAUAAAAUAUGAAUAAAAUAUAAUUUUUCAAAAAUGUUAUUUUUGCAUUUUUUUCUUAUGCUCUAAACAAUGUAAUGACAUGAAAAAAUACUAAAUUCACAAGCUUUUUUUGGAGAGUUCUAGGGAGGAUAUACAUACAUACAUGUAUAUGUAUCACACCAUCUGCUUAUGUAGAAACCUAGAUGUAAUGGACAUAAAUUCAACUUAAAAAGUGUGAAUUGUAUAAAUUGAAUCCAUAUGAAACUUUUGUUAUUAAUUUAUCAGCUGCUCUUGAAACAUAUGAUAUCAUAGACUAUGUUUCACAUGCUAUUAUCUAAAACUGUUCAUGUAAAAUGUUUGCAGUACCAAUAAAUAUUGAGUUCUUAUGUCAACAAGUUGAAUUUCCAUUUACACUUUUUACACAAAUGAAUGUUCAUU